CCGCACAGAUGAGUCUGCGGGAGCUUUACAAUCCCGGCACAGACGCAGGCGGAGCCAGAGCCCGGGAGGGGCCCCCUCCCCAAACAAACACUGGGCAGGGGAGCGGCUGGGCCGGUGGGUAUAAAGGGACCGCCGGGGGCGGCCGGCGCAUCCGGUGCCAGGCUUCCCCUAAGUGCACACGUCGUCAUGGAGACCAGAGGGUUCUGGCUGCUGCUGCUGGUCGUGGCCUUGGGGUCCUCGGGCUGGGCUGCCGAGUACCUGGGGCUGUCGGAGAGUCAAUGCAAGGUCCCAGCCAAGGAGCGGGUGGACUGCGGCUACCCCCAGGUCACCCAGGAGCAGUGCCACAACCGGGGCUGCUGCUUUGACUCCAGCAUCCGGAACGUGCCCUGGUGCUUCAAGCCUCUGCAGGAGACAGAAUGCACGUUUUGAAGCUCGCCUGCCGCCGCGCCACAAGGUCCCCCGCUCCAGGUGGCUGAGAGCCCCCCACCCCUGCUCCCGGCCAGCAUGCUGCUGAGUUGGGCUAAAGUCAGGGCCUAGCGUCCCAAAGAAUAAAGAUCCUGUGUCAGCAUGAGGACACUUCUUCACGCC